CCUCAAGCACACCACGACCCUUUUCACUUGAGAUUCACAGCUUCUUCACCAUCUUCGUCAAAGUUUUUUGAAUUUGCUAAUGGCAGACCAUCACGUGUUCGCGCGUAUUUUGGUGUUGUUUGCCCUCGCCCUGCCUUUCAUGAUCGGCGAGAAUUCGGUCGAAGCUCGCCGACUUUUGGAGGCAACGCUGCCCGAAGUGCCUGAACUGCCUAAGCCCGAAUUGCCUCACCUUCCCGACAUUCCAAGCCUGCCGAAGCCGGAGUUCCCAUCGCUGCCGAAAGUCGAAUUGCCGCCAAUUCCCGAACUGCCAAAGCCUGAAUUACCAACAAUACCAAAGCCGGAGUUGCCAUCACUGCCGAAAGCGGAAUUGCCGCCGGUUCCCGAACUGCCAAAGCCUGAAUUGCCAACAAUACCGAAGCCGGAGUUGCCGUCACUGCCGAAAGUCGAAUUGCCGCUGCCAUCACUGCCGAAAGUCGAGUUACCGCCACUUCCCGAGCUGCCAUCACUGCCGAAAGUCGAGUUACCGCCACUUCCCGAGCUGCCAUCACUGCCGAAAUUCGAGUUGCCGCUGCCAUCACUGCCAAAAGUUGAAUUGCCACCACUUCCUGAACUACCGAAGCCUGAAUUUCCAACAAUACCGAAGCUGGAAUUGCCGGAAGUGCCUAAAUUGCCUCAUCUUCCUGAUUUCCCUAAGCCAACAUUGCCUUUUAUUCCCACGAUUCCGGACGACAAGUCUGUUGCUGCUACCAGUCCUUGAACCGCCGCGAUGUGAUCUUGGAGCCGUGAUACUAUAUGAUGUGAUUUAGUAUUUUCUUACUUCUAUUUUAAAGGUCUGAGCAUGCCUCAGAACAGGAUGUGGCACUUAUUUGUAUGACAAUUUGUGAUAUGAAUUAUGGAGCUCGUUCAUAGUUUGUAAUGUCUUGUGUGUCUUCCUUUUUACGCCGAUGAAGUAUGCUAUAAUUACUCUAUUAAUGUAGCUGGUGCACUUGCCCA